AAUAACAGAACUAAUUUUAGAACUGAAAUAACUGAGAAUUUUUCGCUACGUCUUCCCCGUCCCCAUGUUAAGUGGGUCCGGUAUCACCACGGCAUGACGCGUUCGCAGGUUGCGGAUGGAGGAGCAGUGGCAGACAGCCGACAAGAGGAGAUCCUUCAGCUUGAGAGUUGGUCGUGGGGCUAACCAGCAAGCGAUUAUACAUUUUACGACGGAAAUGGGAAUGAGAAUCAUGAAUUAAGGACAGGAUUUCUUGUACAUUAGAGAAUCAUAUCAGCGGUAACGAGGGUAGACUCCGUUAGUGAUAGGAUAUUUGUAUAAUAAGAAGCUGUCACUGGCGUGAUAUCAUUGUUCUGAAUAUACUUGUGUCAACAGUGGAUAAAACUAACGAUACGAAGGGCAGCUUCUCUGGGGAACUAGAACGUGUAUUUGAUAACAUUCUAUUGGAGAAUUUAAGCGUCGAGGAAGACAGAGAAGACAUUUUCAGACGUACAUCAGUUGGGAGACAGGAUAAAUAGCAUAAAGAAGAAUAUACAUUGAAUUGACUGCAGAAGGAAGAUUGCUCCAGAAGAAAGCACAGAGAAAACUAAGUAUAUGUUGAUAUUUGGUCAUCAUAAUGCAGAACGAAAUCAUAACACAAAGAGAGCACGUUUUGAAAGUGCGGCAGUGUUCACAUGUUUGGUAACGACUGUAACAGAUCAGUAUUAGAUUCACGCUGUCUCUCUGCAGGCGGCGACCAACUGAGAAUGUGCAGAUGUCUGGUCACCAGAAUGUCAUCUGAAGGAGCAGUAUGGGGACCGGUAUGUAGCCGUAGGGCGCCGCCGAAAGCCGAAAUAACGGACUCAGGCAAUGGUGAGCCCCGGAAAAAGUUGGUCUCCGCCUGCAGAGGAAUGAUACGCAGUGCAGGAGAGACACGGCGCAAGGGACACAGUCGUUAGGCAGAAAUCAAAGACAACGUUGUACAAGGAACCCGGAAAGGACGGGCGUUCGAUUAUACAUAUAUUCAAAAACAAAAUGGGACGAAACCAACACAAACGCGAUUAAGAAUUACGAAAUAAAAAAUAUAACACAAACUUAAUCGAAAAAUCACUUCCACAACCAGAAAAACAAAGUAUACACACUGACGUCCGAUACCACAAGACAAAAUGGGCCAUUUUUAUAUAUUGCGUCUAAGAAGUAAGGCAAUUACCAGGAUUUUUAAAAACACGAGAAUAAAAUUAGCAUUUCGCACACAAAACACAAGACAAAACAUAGUAAAGCAUCAUACACACAGAUAAAUAUAACAAUGGCAAUAUUUAUCAAAUUAAAUUCCUAGACUGCCCAAUAAAAUAUAUCAGACGAACAGGUAGAAUAUUCUUUAUAAGGAAGACAUUCACGCCAUUCGAACCAUAUACUAAACACAGGGUAUAUAUACAGAACAAUAACAGAUACUAUGGAUGUCAUAAAGGCGGGAAGGAAGGGCAGACAUAUGAACACCUCGGAAAAAUAUCGCAAUAUAUAAAACUAGUAGGGACAGCUAGCAUAUAAACGACAUAUACGUACAUCGACACAUAUAACCCCAUAUUUCGUACAUUACACGAACUGUACGGCAGAUAGCAGCACACGUCCCCACGAAAGACAUAUAAGCAGAAACAUCAUACAGAACGCCCAUACAGAAGUAACAAACCUAACAAACACUCGACUAGUGUGGAUGUACAUGGCAAUGGGGCACGUCCCAAAGAAGAAACUUUCAAAGAAGGAAAAAUUACGGCUGGCAGCAGAGCAAGCAGAGUUGCAGAGGAUUGAACAGGAUAAGGAGCGACAGCGAUUGAUUCAAGAGGAGAAAGCUCGAGUGGAGAGAGAAAAAGUUGCAGCUGAAGAGAAAGCAAAGCGGGAUGUAGCUGAGCAGGCCGUGAGGGUGGUUCAGUUGCAAGAAACAGUUGCACUGUUUAGAGAACUUUCUGAAAAGAUGUAUAAAAUGAAGCUUGAAAAACAGGCUAAUAAUGAGUGGAAGCAGUAUAUGAAAUGUGAUGGCUUGCCUGAUCCAGCAUCUUUAAGUGAGAUGAAUACAUAUAUCUACCUAUGGAGAUCUGUUGAAGAGAGAGGUCAACUGGAUGUUGUUGUAAAGAAGACAGCUGAGGUUCUUAGGCUGCUUGAUGCCAUGCAGGAGCUGAUUGACAAUGCACUUGGGGUCAGUCCAGGCAGGGUUGAAAACUGGAAGCAGGUCAGUGACCAAGAAACACAUGUUAAACAGGUUCGAAAUGAUUUUCGGAUGGAGCAACAAUUUGAUUUGGACAGAGCUUCGUAUUUGAUAUUACGUAACAUUGAGGAGAAUAUGCAGCUGAGUGGCCUGAAUGAAGUGCACUAUAUGAAGAAGUUUGAUGCCUUUGUUCUGUGUCUCUGGAGUCUGUUGCCUCUUCCCACACCUUCAGUUCCAUUAUCAAAGAUGGAGAGGCCCCCUCUUGCAUUCAACUUUGUUGAUGUUGGUGUCACUGUUAAUCUGCCAGACAGUCUGCUUGAUGUUCUGCUGGUUGUCAGAGCAAUGCUGGUCAAGUAUGACCACUUCUCAGACCUCUGCCCAUCAUGGGUACCUAAUCCAUUGCCUGAAGAAGAACAAAAAGAUCUGUAUGAGAUGUCAUUGGUGGAGUGGAAUACAAAAUGUGAAAUUCAAGUUCUGGUGGACAGAGAGAAUGAUCGCAGAGCUAAGCUGGCUGCAAAGAUAGCUGAGCUGAAGCCAGCAUUACCUGCCACAGAUGACACUCGACAUACCAAAAGUGUUUCUAAAGAUGGAAGACCAACAUCACAAACCUCAUUACUAGAGUCAGAGCUGCUUGAGUUGCAGCAAAUUCAGCAGACACCUAUAAAAACAGCAUCUGAAAUAUAUGCAGAACAGGAAGAUGAAAAACAAGCUACAGUGAAAUUACAGUACUGUGUUGAGCUAAAACCAUAUGAACUUAAUCUGCGCAAAUACAUGAUCCUGGGUGGAGUGUACCACAUAGACCUCCUUCAGCAACCCCCUCAGCCUCAAGAACUGCAUGAUAAGUCCACCAUCACUGUCCUUGAGGUUCCAACACAGCUGAGCCCAGUGGAGUUUCAUGAGAAGUAUGUACCACCUCCACCCCCUGAGCCAGGACAACGUAGACUUCCAGAAGAGAUAGAAGCUGAGCUUAAAAAACAGGAAAAAGAACUGGAGAAACUUGCACUGAUCAGUAUUGAAGAUUUGUGUUACUGUGGUGAUACUUUUCAGCAACUUCUGCCAUUGCCUUUCAACCUGAUGACUGUGGAUACAGUCUUUUCUUAUUUGCAUUUUCCAACAGCUUGUACCAUCCCUCCUGAGUAUUCAAUGAGCCAUUGUGGUCUAGUCACAAGUUGGAAGGUUACAGGAUCAAAUCCCAGUGAGGUGCUGACAUUCCGAACAGGACGAUUUGGUGCCCUGGGUCUGGCUUCAUACCGUUAUACCAAUGUACCUUAUCAAACCUGGGAACUGAAACCAAACCAGAAAGGUGAAGGAAUUUCCUUCAGCAUUACAGCAGCUGUGAUGGUUGUGGAGUUCAUUAUUAAGGAAGAUAAAGUUUGUGUGAGCCAGUUGCAAAAUGGCACUACUGAGGCACUGCAAGAACUUGUUGGGAACUACUACAGCAUUUACCAGCUGAGAAAGCUGAUGUGCAAUGGUGGUGUGGACCUGUUUCCACUCCAUGAUGCGUACUGCUACAUAGAUGGAGCAACACCAAAGCACCGAGCUGCAGAGGAUCACCUGUAUCAUUGCAUGGCAUUACUAUCAACAAGCUACAGUUUUUCAUGGAGCCGUUGGAAUCUACUGGCUGGAAGACGUAAUUUGGUUUUGCAGAUGAGAGAGUUUCUUGAGAGAAAAAGGCAGCAAGACUACUCCAUCCUCCUUGUGACUCCCCAGAAGGCCUGCAUUGUGGAGUGUACAGAAAUGAGCCAGUCUUUCAGUGAUGAAUGUGUGCAGGGCAUGAAAUUUUAUUCAGAUUUAUAUCAUCUUGCAUUAGACCAAGGUUCAGUUGCAGCAGUAGGGAAGAUCAGCAAUAUACCAUUCACUUUGGCUGAAACUGUGUUUGAAAUGUUAGCAAUGACAAGAGUGCUCAGUUUUUCCUAACAGUUUAAUGAUGAUAUUGUUGUGAUAACAUUUUUAAAGACACGUAAGUAGAUUUAUUUGUUUAAAACGCUUAUUUUAGAGCAUAUACUAUACUUAAUGUAAAAAUAUUACAGAAAUAUAAUUAGUACUUGGAAGUGAAAAUCCUGAUCUGUUUCCUAAAAAAUUCUUACAUACAGAUUAGUGCACUGCUUGACAGCCUGUGCAAAUAUAAUUUGUUAAAUGUAAAUAAAAUCAAAAGUAUCUGAAGGCAAGUGAGAGAUGUUUGGUUUAUCUUCCAUAAUAUUGUAUCACAAUAAGCUUUUAGUUAUGGCAGUGAAAUCUGGAUAUUAUUGAUUAGAGAUAAGCAAAAGUAAAUACUUCACAGAUUAAAUACUGUACUUAUAGCGUGUAAUGGAAAUAUCAGUGAGCAAGAACAUUCCAUGUGACAGAAUAAGAGAUAAACUACAGACACAUAGUUUAUAUGACACAUGACUUAGCUGUAACAAAACGAGCAUAAACAGAAGAUUAGCAAAGAAUAAGACCUUGGGAGACCAAAUUGAGGCGAACAAACCAAUUCCUAACACUUCAAAAUAUGUCAGACUCACAUAUUAAGCUGCUGUCCAGCUCUUUGUUGUGUUACAUAUAAAUAAAUGCCUUUUUAUUAUUUUA